AUGGGAAACAUUGUCAGUCAAAUUACUUUCCGAAGAUGGGGCAGCGACCCAGGACAAUCACCUCGCGCUGCUGACCCAGAAGAGGCUGUGGCACCCGUCGAGACCACAACUCCCGUGGCUGAUACAAAAGAUAUCCCGAUCAUACAAGAUAGAGAUGUGGAUAUGGUCUCGGAGAUGUCUCCUGGCUUGAUCAAGUUCGCCGCCGAGCAAUGCCUCUACGACAACCUGCGCGUCCAACCAAGCUUCAGCGUCCUGAGGCGCGCUCAGAUCCUUUAUUUACAAACAAAGAUUGUCUUGAAGGAAUCCGAAGCGCUCAAACAAAUCGCUAAGCGCCUUGAUGGAAACCCAGCACCGGAAGCCCAGACUGGAGGCCAGGACAAAUGCUGUCCUGGUGGCAGUACCACAAGCCAAGCGAGAGCUGAGGAGAUGGCUAUAGAAGAGUCCAUCAGGCUUACGAACCAAUACAAUGAGCUCCUUCGAGUUGAGGGCGAGAUGCGCAAGCUACCGCGCGUUCCGGUCAUGCGCCACGAUGACAUGGUGCUCCAGAUGAAGAGGAACGGGCUCUCCGACGAGUUAAUUAUGUCCUUCCAAAGGGCUGACGACCUUGUCGACAUGGACCGAAGCCACUCCGACAGCUUUACUGACUGGCUUAUCCAUUACUGCCCUUGGAUCAUUCCUAGGCUGACUGCCCCUGAUGGUAUGCUGUCUAUCAACCAGGACAGAGUGGAGUUCUGGUGUCGAAUAAUCGCCAUCCUCGUCCCCUUGGCUGCCAUGCUUCUACCAGUCAGCCUUUUGUAUAUGCUGCCCAUGUCCAAGGGGGAGAGCUUGGCUGUGAGCAUCACCGCCGUCGUUCUUGUGGCGUUCUUUGUCUCUCAGAUUCCUGGUAUCACAUAUCAGUCGCAACUGAUCUGUAUCCUGGGCUACAUGGCUAUCAUGGUCCCCUUCGUAGCCCAACUUCAGAACAACUGUACAUGCACCGUCAUUCCACAGCCAUGA